AAACAGAGAAUUUGGUUUCUAAACCCACUUAUCUCAAAAGCACUGCCUGGCAGCAAAAAUUUCCCUUCAGCUAUGAUCAACCUCUACACCAUGAUUGCAGCAAUCUUCAUCCUAUUCCUAAGUUUCAUCAACGAAGGGUCUGCUGCUGGAAGCUGCAGUUUGGACACCAUUAACAUAGGAACACAGAGAAGCGGAAGGGAGAUUGGGGGCCAACCUGAAUGGAACGUUCAAGUGAUCAACAACUGCAAUUGUCCUCAGAAGCAGAUCGUCUUGUCCUGCCCAGGGUUUCAGACUAUUGAACCCGUUGAUCCAUCGAUUCUGUCAAAGCAAAGGGACACUUGCCUUCUUAUAAACGGAGGAACUGUACAGCCUGGUUCUUCAGUUUCAUUUUCCUAUGCUUGGGAUCCCCCUAUCAUCAUGUUCCCUCGUUCCUCUGUUUCUCAGUGUCCUACCUGAAGCACCGAAAACACUUUAAAAAAAAAGGUUAUGAAUUAGUCCGAGUUAAUAUUGAAGUUAGGGGAAAAAAUUGAGAAAAUAAUUGGUCCUUUUGAAUGAAAAGAAUUAUAAUCGAUCAUACGUGAUGUCUUAAGACCAUAUAUCUUGAGGUUGUUUCUUCACCUGAUUGAUCUACUAAAGAUGGGGUUAGACAGCU